AUCAUGAGUACUGAAAGGGAUCCAAGGGUAUGAGAUGCAGUGCUACUAUAUGUGACAAAUUAUUAUGGAACCCCAAUUCAAGGUCCCAUUCAUAUGGUUGGGAAAGCGAAAAAGCUGUUGAACAAGCUCGUGAGCAAGUUGCAAGGCUAAUUAAUGCUGACCCAAAAGAAAUAAUUUUUACAUCUGGAGCCACUGAAAGCAACAACAUAGCAGUUAAAGGUGUUGCAAGGUUCUACAAAAUGAAAAAGAAUCACAUAAUCACUACACAGACAGAACAUAAAUGUGUCCUGGAUUCCUGGCGUGUUCUCGAAGGAGAAGGAUUUGAAGUAAAUUACCUACCUGUCCUCCCCAGUGGUUUAAUUGAUCUAAACAGCCUUCAGAGUGCCAUCAGGCCGACGACUGUGUUGGUCUCGGUAAUGGGCGUAAAUAACGAAAUUGGAGUUCGACAGCCAUUGGCAGAAAUAGGUGCCAUUUGUCGAAAGGCGAAAGUCUUUGUCCACUGUGACGCAGCUCAGGCUGUAGGCGAAAUUCCUAUUGAUGUUGAGGCGAUGUCGGUUGAUCUUAUGUCCAUCAGAGGACAUAAGCUUUAUGGCCCAAAAGGUGUUGGUGCCCUCUACGUAAGACGUAGGCCGCGGGUCAGGAUUGAAGCUUUACAGAGCGGAGAUGGUCAAGAACGAGGUUUGCGUAGUGGAACGGUUCCGACUCCCCUGACAGUUGGUCUUGGUGCUGCUUGUGAUAUUGCUAAGGAAGAACUUCAGUAUGAUCAUAACAGAAUCACAAAACUUUCACAUCGCUUGGUCGACCAGAUAAGUAAAAGUUUACCUCAUGUUAUACAAAACGAAGAUCCUGAACACUCCUGUCCGGGUUGUGUUAACCUGUCGUUUGCCUAUGUUGAGGGUGAAAGUCUUUUGAUGGCCUUAAAAGAUGUGGCACUAUCAAGUGGAAGUGCGUGCACUUCAGCGUCGUUAGAGCCAUCUUAUGUUUUGCGCGCCAUUGGCGCCGAAGAAGACUUAGCGCAUUCUUCCAUUCGCUUUGGAAUUGGAAGACUUACUACCGAAGCUGAAGUAGAUUACACUGCGCAAAGGUGUAUACAUCAAGUUUCGAAACUUCGUGAAAUGAGUAGUUUGUGGGAAAUGGCCCAAGAAGGUAUUGAUUUGAAGAGUAUCAAAUGGACGCAGCAUUAAUUUUUUUUUUGUUUACGUACGAACAUUAAAGGCAUUCAUGUUUAACUUCGUCCUUGUAAAAUAAAGGCUCGGAAAUAUAUACUGAAGACUGUAGUUAAGUAU